UCACGAGGGCCCUGCGAGUGGCGCAUGAGCACCCGCAGCCUCGUCCUCCGCUUGGCUCGCUUCAGUCUUCGCCGGAGCAACGCCGGGAAGGAGAGCGAGAGGUUCCGCCUCUGCGCUUAACGGUCUCCAGAUUUAUUACCGUCGCCCGCUGUGAAAAUGUCGCUGUAUCCUUCUCUGGAAGACCUGAAGGUAGACAAAGUAAUUCAGGCUCAGACAUCCUUUGCUUCAAACCCAGCUAACCCAGCAAUUCUAUCUGAAGCUUCAGCACCCAUCUUACAAGAUGGAAAUUUAUAUCCUAAACUGUAUCCUGAACUUUCCCAGUAUAUGGGUAUAACUUUGAAUGAUGAGGAAAUUCAGAGAAACCUGACAAUGGUUCCUGCAAAUUCACAGGGGCUUGUUGCAAGACCUUCUGCAUCAGAUUACAUGAUAGCUCCAGUAACUGGAAAUGAUGUUGGAAUUCGUCGAGCAGAAAUUAAGCAGGGGAUCCGUGAACUGAUCUUGUGUAAAGAUCAGGAAGGAAAAAUUGGUCUUCGUCUUAAGUCAGUGGACAAUGGUGUCUUUGCUCAGCUGGUUCAGGCAAACUCCCCAGCCGCACUGGCUGGCCUGCGAUUUGGAGACCAGAUUCUACAAAUCAAUGGUGAAAAUUGUGCUGGAUGGAGUUCUGAUAAAGCUCAUAAAAUAUUGAAGCAAGUUCCUGGAGAGAGAAUUUCCAUGAUUAUUCGAGACAGGCCUUUUGAACGGACUAUUACCAUGCACAAGGACAGUACAGGACAUGUUGGCUUUAUUUUCAAAAAUGGAAAAAUAACUUCGAUAGUAAAGGAUAGUUCUGCUGCAAGAAAUGGACUUCUUACUGAACACAGCAUUUGUGAAAUUAAUGGACAAAAUGUAAUUGGUCUGAAGGAUUCCCAGAUUGCGGACAUAUUAUCAACAGCUGGAAAUGUAGUGACCAUUACUAUGAUGCCUUCCCAGAUCUUUGAACACAUAAUAAAAAGGAUGGCUUCAAGCAUUAUGAAAAGUUUGAUGGAUCAUACUAUUCCUGAAGUCUAAAAUUUAUUUUGGAUGCAUUUGUAAUUGAGACACUGCUAAACAUGGCUACUAUGUCUUCGCAAUAUUUACAUUCUGCACAUGAGCCUUUCUUUACAUGAAAUGCUGCAUUGAGCAUUUAAUUACAUUAUGGCUGGGAAUGUCACAUUUCAACAAAAACCUUGCUCACACUUUGCAUUUUAUAUUCAUCAUGCUACUUUGACAAAACAUGUGCUUCUUUCAUAGGGUUGUAUUAUAUAGGUCAGGAAAAUUUAUGUCAUUAAAAAUGGAAGAAAACUAAUGUUUGUGAAAGCAUCUAGUAUUUGCUUUCUUUGAUCCAGAUAUACUGCUGCUCUUUGUACUUUUUCAGAUUCAUUUUUGUACUGCAUCUACCAGUGAAAAUAUAACUUAGUGUUAAUUAACUGAUUUUAGUAAUCAUGUUUACAGAAAGCAUGCUGGUUAAACUGAGCAUAGCUUGUAUUUAUCAUUCCAUAACUAUUUUAAAAUAAUGUUUGUCUUUUUGCUGUCUUAUAAAAUUGUUCUAAUAUGCUUAUAUUGUAUUGCCUUAAUCCUCUUAAAACUGAAAUAAAAUUGCAAAUAUAUUCACUUCCUAAAUGGGUAGUAUUUUGCACUGAUGAAUCUCUAAAUCCUGAUUGUUAGCAAUAUAAUCCAGCAUAAAUGAAGCAAUGAAAGUGUUAAACAUUUUACCUAAAUGGUGUGGUUUAUGGCUCUUGAAAUAGUAAAAUCAGAGUAGGCUAUAGUAUUUUUUAUUACAUCAACCAAUUUUACUAAUACUAAAUAAAAUGUAAUAUUGGACAUGGGUAACAUUUUAAUAACUUAGUCAUGAGGGUUUUUAAUUUAUUUCUUCUCUAACAGAUAGCCUUUGAUAUAGUAAUUGUAGUAAGAAACCAGCUGUUUACUGAUGUUCUAUCAGUUGGAUGUCAAGCUUUAAUGCCAGAAGAUAAGCCCAACCUGGCAGCUAGACAGAAGAAAAAAGUUACAAAUACUGGCAUGUAAUAUAUGCAUUCUAUCACAGGUAUAAUACAGAGAAUUAGAUGUAAUUCUUAAUUGCUUAGCAAUCGUAUCUGCAUUAAAAUAAUACAAGUACAUCUGAAAA